AUGAAGCGACAUUUCACUAUCUUAUCCAUAGCAGCACUGUUGGUGUCUUUGUUCACUGCCAUUCAUGCAGAACAUCGUCCGUCACCACGUCAAACGCAUACUGAAUGUUUAACUCCAGAAGUGAACAUGUGUGAUUAUGUUAAAUGCGCUAACAAUGCGAUAUGUAGAUCCACUAACACAAGCCGAUGCUUCGAAUGUAUUUGUCAACCGGGUUUUACAGGCACAAUGUGUCAACAAAGAGAAAAUAUUACUGAUAUAAUAAAUCCCUGUAGCAGUGUCACCUGUUAUAAUGGGGGCAGCUGUUUGAUUCUUAAUAAUGAAGCUUUUUGUGUCUGUCCAUGGGGUGUCACUGGUCACCAAUGUGAGCAGGUAACAUCAACUAAUCCAUGCGACAGUUAUCCAUGCUUCAACGGCGGUAGCUGCAUUGCACAAAAUGGACGUUUAGAAUGUAUUUGUCCACCAAACACAAGUGGAUAUCAAUGUGAGUAUAUGAACAUAAGCAUUUCCAACAACAGCAGUGGAAUUGCGGACAACUCAACAUUCUACCCUUGCAAUAAUUUUACCUGUUAUAAUGGAGGCAGCUGUGUGAUUCUUAAUAAUGAAGCUUUUUGUGUCUGUCCAUGGGGUGUCACUGGUCACCAAUGUGAGCAGGUAACAUCAACGAAUCCAUGCGACAGUUAUCCAUGCUUCAACGGCGGUAGCUGCAUUGCACAAAACGGACGUUUAGAAUGUAUCUGUCCACCAAACACAAGUGGAUAUCAAUGUGAGUAUAUGAAUAUAAGCAUUUCCAGCAACAGCAGUGGAAUUGCGGACAACUCAACAUUCUACCCAUGCAAUAAUUUUACCUGUUAUAAUGGAGGCAGCUGUGUGAUUCUUAAUAAUGAAGCUUUUUGUGUCUGCCCAUGGGGUGCCACUGGUGACCAAUGUGAGCAGGUAACAUCAACUAAUCCAUGCGACAGUUAUCCAUGUUUCAACAACGGUAUGUGCAUUGCACAAAACGGACGUUUAGAAUGUGUUUGUCCACCAAACACAAGUGGUUAUCAAUGUGAGUAUAUUAGUGUUAGCAACAACAAUACGAAUGUUGAUCCAUGUGAAAGUAUGACGUGUUAUAACAAUGGUACUUGUUAUACAUACGAAAUAUUAGCACUGAAUCCAUGUUCAUCGUCGCCUUGUAUGUCAGGAGGUACCUGUAUUUCUGGCAAUGGUACCUAUCAAUGCAUUUGUCCAGCUGAUAGAGCAGGCGAACUUUGUGAGCGAUACAGUGCUCUUCAUCCAUGCGCUUCUUCACCAUGUUUGAAUAACGGUUAUUGUGUUGGUGUAAGUAAUGAUACGGAUUUUUUUUGCUUCUGUGGUUAUGAUAGAACAGGACGUUUUUGUGAACAAGAACUCAUAUAUGAUCCAUGUGGUUCAUCACCGUGCGAGAAUAACGGCAGCUGUAUUAUUACUAAUAACACAUACAUAUGUCAAUGUCCACCAGGCACUUCAGGAUACAACUGUGAACUUAGUGACUCCUUAGAUUUAUGUAGCUUUUCGCCAUGUGACAACGGUGGAACUUGUUAUAGUAUCGGAAAAAAUGGUAUAAAAUGCAUCUGUCCAUUCAACACCACAGGACGAUAUUGUGAACAAAAUUUUGGCGAAGCACACAACCAAACCACUCCAUGCUUUUCCUCACCUUGCGCAAACAACGGAAGUUGCAUCGACCUCAACGACUCAUACAUGUGUAUCUGUCCGGAUAACGUUACUGGUACAAAUUGUGAAAUAAAUUACCAACCAUCAGAUUGUGGAUCGGGCAAUUGCAUGGCUACUUUCAAUUCACAGCAUCCAUAUGCGUGCAUAUGCAACGAGGAGAAAAUGUCAUGUGGUGAUUGUUGUUCUUCUAGCUAUCCAAUACAUAGAGCCAUUCAAAUACUUGACAAUGAACUUCGCCUUCGUCCAAUACUCAAUCCCAAUCAUGCUACUGGAUUUGAUGAAUUAACACAUUUUUUCAAUAUUAUCAAUGGUUUAUUUCAGCAAUCAGCAUUGACGUUGGGUUUAAGUACUAAUCGUUUAGCUACUCUUUUACAUUUGACUGAGUUAAAUGUUGGAGUGAAUCUGCAAAUGAGUCAACAAAAGUUGACUAAUACCACAUUGUACAGUUCACUUCCGAAUGGUGUAAUAAAAUUGCAUACACUAGAUAAGAACUUAAUGUGUGGUAUCAAUCAUCGUUGGACUCCGUCAUUAACUACAACAAUUCGUUGCGGAACAAAGCCUCAACAGCAACACCUUUGGUCACAUGUCGAAUAUCGAUGUCCUGUUGGCUCAUAUGAGUUCACUGGUGAAUACACGACACAACAGCAAUCAUCUGGUAUUCGAUUUCGUUGUUUAUCAUGUCUAUAUCACCAUGUGAACUUUCAAGUAGAUGGUGGACUUGAUCUUAAAAUAACUGCUAAAGAUAAGUUAGCAGAUAUAGCACUUCGUCUGAAACGUUCUUCAGAUUCGUUGGUAUUCAAAUGUAAUCUCUAUCAUCCAUUAGAAAAUUAUCUAAUCAGUAUUCAACGUUCCAUCAACACAAAUUUAACAGUUGGUUUACUAAUUGAAAAAUGUGUUGAUGAUGAUCGACAUCAACAUAUGAAAUCCAGUUUUGCGUCUCAAUGGGAUUUGAAUACAGUAGGCCUACGUAUAAAUACAUUAAUUAACACUCAAUAUGAAUGCGGUCUUUCUCUAACUUAUCAAUUGCGUCACUUCCCGCUCGUUCUACAAGCAUUCACUGGUUAUUCAUGGACUCGAGAGAAAUAUAAAUGUGGCAUUGGAUUGCAACUACUUAUUUGA